AUGCAGAUCGACGAGACCUUCUUCUCGGUACGCUUCAAGUACGGUGCCCACACCAUCUUGAUGUUCGUCGACGGCCAACAGCAAUUCUCCGAAGUGACCACAUCGCUGCUCGAGGUGCUCCGCGAUCGCUUCCCCGAUGGCCUUACAAUCAACCACACUUCCCCCGAGACAACCGCCGUUCCUGGAGGCGACGUACAACUGGCUUAUGCGCUGCCAGUCAAUGCCACCGAUUUGACUCAAGGAUGGAAGAAUAUCAAGGUUUCUGACAGCGAUACGCCAGUUGGCAAGGGCUUCAAAGAUAAUUGCAUUGUCGCAUUCUCGUUUGAUACAGAUGAGCCUGAGUUCUUGGUCGAUAUCCCGACCCUGGAUGAUGAGAUGGAGGAUGAAGAGGGCAUGGGGUCGGACGCAUGA